AUGACCAUUGUCAUGAUCUUGCUUCUCGGGCACUUUCCUUGUCACACCCACGCUUUGGCAUCGUGCUCGUCUCAGAUCUUCAACUCGACCAGUGGUGUCACCGCAGGCUACGUCAACAUCACCGGCGGGUACCCGGCCGCAGUCGAUUGCAUCUACCAGUUUGACUACUUGCAAGGCGGGCUGCAGCUCAUCUUUGACUCGUUUGACACAAAGCCGCCUUUCGAUCACCUCAUCGUCUAUCGAGGCUUGGUUGGCGACUGGUCAGAGGUCCUCGCAGACAUGUCCGGCAACUCUCCCGUCGGCGCAAGGAUCGGCGAGCCCAUCUUUUUCAACGCCUCGCAGAUCUCCAUCCGCUUCCGGGCUUUGCCACCAGACAAUGAGCGCGAUGGCGUAGCCUUUUCUUGGGAGCGCCGCCUUGGUCUUGAUGCCACUGACUUUGCCGUCCCCCCCGAGCCAGCCAUCCCGACGUGCGCGUACAACGAAUCCAGCCCCGGUGUCUGGCCCUCGCUUGACAUCGACGCCGACAUCUCCAUCGAGAUGCGAGUGACUGUUAACUCGUUCUCGACUCAGACCAUCUUUGCAUUUCUCGGCGACAACACUCGCUUCAUUGUCGGUAUGUUCGACGAUUCCAACCCUCAGUACGGACCCGAUCCCGACGCCGACUACGCUGUCACCUUUUCCGCCGGCUACUCUCCGGGCUACAUCCGCUACGAGUCCGACGCGCCCGUCGGGACCUUUACCCAGGGUGUUGAGCGCCACAUCGCUGGGGUCUUUGACGCUACCACAAGCACGUGGACCAUCUACGUCGACGGCGCUCCCACCUCAUCCUCUUGGUACCGAUCAGCUUUCUUCACCUACUACACAUACGGCGCCAAGACUGCAACUCGUGGCCUUUACCUGGGUCGCUUUGAUGGCUCGGUUCGCGACGUCCGCGUCUGGAACCGAACACUCUCCGAUGGCGAGGUCUCGUCGCGUGCCUCUGCCACACUCUCCGGCUGCGAGCAGGGGCUUGUCGCUCUUCUCAGACCCAACGGCAUCGGUGACUUUGCCAACCUCGCGGGCAUUGGCUGUGGCGGUGCCUCAGACAUCACCUGCUCGAUCCCACCCAACGGUGUCGCCACAAACUGGACUACUUUGCCGUUGCCGGUUGCCUGUGGCGAUGGCUUCCGCGAGAGCUCGGAACAGUGCGAUGACGGGAACACCAAUGUCGGCGAUGGCUGCGAUGCCUCUUGCAACAUCGUUGCGCCAUGGUCGUGCUCUGGCGACGCUCCCACCAUCUGCCUCGAGCCCGGCUACGCCUGCCUCACCCCAGGCGCGCCCUGCACCACCUGCGCGCACCCUAACGGCAUGGACUGCGCCGGCACCUGCGAUGGCAACGCUAUCCUCGACGCAUGCAACGUCUGCUCCGGUGGCACCACCAACCGCCUGCCCAAUGCUGAUCGCGACGACUGCGGCGUGUGCUUUGGCGGCAACGCCGAUCGCGACGACUGCGGUGUCUGCUUUGGCGCCAACACCCACAAGGACGGCUGCGGCGUGUGCUUUGGAUCGAACGCGACCUGCGCCGGCUGCGAUGGGGUGCCCAACUCGGGCCUCGUCCGAGACGUCUGUGGCGUGUGCGAUGGCGACGGCUCGUCCUGCCUCGGCUGCGACGGGGUGCCGAUUCCCUCAGGCGGCGCACAUUUCGACGCGUGCGGCGUUUGUGGCGGCAACGCCACUGUAUGCUACGUCGGCUGCGACGGCGUCUACGGCUCGAGCAUCCACUACGACUGCCACAGCGUGUGCGGCGGCAACGCCACCAUCGACAGUUGCGGCAUGUGUGCCGGCGGCAACGUCUCGACUCCGCUCCCGUACAACUACCACCUCGACUCGUGUGGCGUGUGCUUUGGCCAGGAUCUGACCUGCACCACCUGUGCGUCCGGAGUCCUCGAUGCCUGUGGCGUGUGCGAUGGCGACAACUCGACGUGUGUCGGCUGCGACGGAAUCCGUGUCUCCGACGGCGGCGCGCUCUUUGAUCUCUGUGGUGUCUGUGGCGGCGACGGCUCGUCGUGCAUCAUGGGCUGCGACGGCGUCCUCGGCUCGUCCGCCAUUUACGACUGCACCGGAACUUGCAGCGGUACCGCCGCCAUCGACGAGUGCAACUCGUGCGCCGGCGGGACGUCGCUCAUUCCCACGGCAAACUUUUUCCGCGACUCUUGUGGAGUGUGCUUCCGCGGCAACGCCGAUCGCGACUCAUGUGGCGUGUGCUUUGGCGACGAUGCUGAUCUUGAUAGCUGCGGCGUGUGCCGUGGUCACAACGCGGCCAUGGACGACUGCGGCGUUUGCUUUGGCUCUAAUCUCGCCAAGGACGACUGCGGCACUUGCUACGGCAACAACACCGUGUGUGCCGGCUGCGAUGGCAUCCCCAACUCGGGAAAGACGCUCAAGUCGUGUGGCAUGUGCUCGGCGGCAGAUGUGGAGUGUCCACCGAACACCAAGACCACCGAGGGCGGUCUGUCAAUUGUGACGGUGGCUGCCAUGAGCGGGGCGCUUUUGGUCCUGUGCCUUGUCCUCAUCGCCGCUAUUGUUCUCCUCUACCGGUCGCGGCGGUCAGCGUCUGUCUCGGCAUACCACGCCGCACUAGCGGACAAGGCGCCCCAGGGCGAGAUCUUUAUUGUCACCACCGACAUCCAGGACUCGACCGCCCUGUGGGAGGCCAAUCCAGAACAGAUGAUCCUUGUUCUCGACAAGCACAACGAGAUCAUGCGCGCCGCCAUUGCCGCCACCGGCGGCUACGAGUUCAAGACUGAGGGCGACGCUUUCUUUGUCGCCUAUGAAGAUGUCGAGGCCAUGAUCAGCUUUACUUGCGGUGUCCAACGCGCGCUUAUGGACGUGUCGUGGCCAAACUGGUUGCUGAGCCUCAUGGCCGAGGGAAGACCCGCGUGCUGGAACGGAAUCCGCGUUCGAAUGGGCGUUCACUACGGCCGCGUCUCAUCGGCCUUUGACGUCCGUGCGGGCAGGUCCCAGUACUUUGGCGGCAUGGCCAAUCUCGCCACGCUAGUCACUGACGCCGCCUGGGGCGGCCAAAUUGCGCUCUCGCGGCAAGUUGUUGACCGCAUCGCCUCGGCCAGGUCGUCAUCGCCUAGCCCGAGCACCUCCCGCUCCGCUGUUGCACUUGCGCCGUUGGCUGUCCUCGUUUUCAGCGGCCUCGCCCAGCCGUGCGAAAUCUGGGAGAUGCUUCCAGCUGACCUUGCUUCUCGCUCGCUGUGCUUUACCGACGACCGCAUGCGGCGCAUCGCCAGAUCAGCCAUCCUGCUCACUGGUGACGUAUUUGCCAGCGUCUGGCCCGACGAAGACGCCAUCCCCAGCGACAUUGUGGCCGCACCGGCGCUCGCCAAUCGCAUGACUACAAAGCAAGCGCUCAGCUCGCUCGGCAAGUCAACAACCAACACCUUUCCCAUGGCCAGCUCCCUCGCCACCAGCAGUCCACCCAACACGGCUGCCGAUCCACCAUCCGGUGUUGCCCUCGUCGAAGCACUUGUACGUCACUCGAUCGAGGGCACUUCGCCCUCGGAGAGGCUCGCAAACUCGCGCGGCCGCUCUCCGUCUGGCACCAGGCUGUCCCGCCCGCGCUCGAUUUCGCUCCAUUCAACCGAGUAUCAUGUUGCGGGUGUCAUCUCGCCUCGUGGCCAUGCCUGUCUUCAAGAUCGCAACGGCUCGCAAACUGCCCGCGCCCACACGUCGUCAUACGAGAUCGAACGUUGUGCCGUCCGUCGCACCAAAACCCACCGCAACAUGGCCAGAACUAGCCCGCGCGAGCCACGCGCUCUCCGCACGAGAUCGGCGCGCAACAUGGUCUCGUCAGCCUCCCAUGGUCAAGUCGGGACGCAUCUGGCUGUUGCUCGCGCACGCAACAGCCGCAUCAUCGAUGGCGAUGGCAACAGCAGCGAAGCUUCGGGCGCAUCCGAUGCCUCGAACGCCUCAAAGGUCUCACAUGCCGUCACCCGCAAGCGGAGAGUUCGGGUUCGGAGCAGUUCCCGGGCGCGGGCACUUUCCUUGUCCCCUGCUCUCAAGCCCUUGCCGCGAGACGACACGACACCGACUCCACCAGGCUCGGUGACGCUCUCUCGGAUCAAUCGUAUCGCCCACAGACGGCGGCGGUCGACCAACUCGGUGCCUACCACCGCCGAAACAAAGAUGACAACUUAG